GUUACCUCUGUUCGUGUAUUUUAUUUAUAUAUCAAAGAAAUAAUUAUAAUGUAUCGUUUUAUUUACCAAUGCAAGAGAGCUUUCAAGCGCCCUAGUCACAUAAGCAAACGUGUCCAGAUAAAUGGACAUUAAAAGCGAAACAACAUUUUCAGUCUAGCAGUUGUUCGUCGCAUGUGCUACGGACGCCGUGUAUUUUAUGACUGUUAUUUCUCUCCGCGAUCCGGUGAUCAUCCCUCCGGACGUCAAUAAUGAUAUUAAGCCACCAGCAGACGACAAAGAUGGCUAUUAGUCAGUCAAAAUAUUUGCGAUCAUUAAGUGUGUGGAUUGGUUUUGUGGCGAUAAUGGCUCUUGGAAAUACAGUGCAGUGCUUUAUCGAUCCUUCUUUUCUUUCAUCACGACUAUAUACUAGAAAUCCAAGCAUUAAUGUUACAAGUCUUGCAGCUCGACUUUUUGGAAUUUGGACCCUUUUGUCAGGCAUCCUUAGAUUUGCCUGUGCCAUCAACAUCCACAACAAAAUAUUAUAUCAUUUGACUUUCUUCUCAUUUUUCCUGGCAUUUGGUCAUUUUGUGACAGAGCUGUAUCCAUAUGAAACAGCAGAACUAAGCCUAGGUGUCUUAGCACCCCUGACUGUCUCUAGUAUGUCAAUAAUUUUGAUGUCUGUUGGUUACUUCUUCCUUGGACAUAAUGUAGUACCAGUCAAAGAAGGUGAAAACAGAAAAACAAAAAUAACAUGAUAUUGUCGGCUGCUACUAUUGCACAACUUUUUUGUCUUUUAAGUGGUGGCUUAGCAAAUAUUAUUUAUAAAUAACAAAUAACAUACUGCGAUGCCCCAUAUUUUAUCUGCAGAAUCCAGUCAUUUUGUCCAUGCAACAUACUGUUGCCAUUGUGUAUCAUUGUCAUUUGUAUUAUGACCUUCCAGCAUAUGUUUUAAAAGCAGUCAUUGUAUUA